CUCCAGGAUGUUGAAUAGAUAAUCAAACAGGUUGCCAUACCGACAGCAGGGACCUGCGUGUCACCUACUACUGCUGAUCUGGGGUCAGUUUGGAUUUACAUCAAACCAUGGAGCGCAUGUCUUCUCCGGUCAGAUUUCGGAGCAAUAAAAAAGACACUUCAGCUUUUACGGAAAAGCAGCUGUCGAGCCUUUCCAUCGAAGACCAGGCAGACAUACAGUUUCCCUUCGCCAUGAGGGAUCUACCUCCCGUCACUUAUUCAGCUGUAAAGACACAGAAUCCAGAGCAUGAGAGAGAGGAAACUGUGGUCACUGCCAACGGGAGGUUGCCCAGCUGCCCAGGAGCUCCCCCUGCACCCCGUCCCGUCCCCUGCCCCCCUACUGGUUCUCCCACAGUACCCCCCAGACCGACCCACUCAGGAAGGGGCUCCUCACAGAUUCUGCCUUUGAAGAGGCAGCUUGUCUCUCUGGUAUCUCUGGACUCUCCGCUGAGCCCGGCCUCGCGACCACGGAGCCCCUGGGGGAGCUUUGACCCCUACGACUCUCCAGAGGAUCAGGACAAAGAGUAUAUAGGUUUUGCUACGUUGCCGAACCAAGUUCACAGAAAGACGGUAAAGAAGGGAUUUACAUUUACGCUCAUGGUGGCAGGUGAGACUGGACUCGGCAAAUCCAUGUUAAUCAACAGCUUGUUCCUCACCGACCUCUACAGAGACAGAAAAGUUCCCAACGCUGAGGAACGGAUCAGUCAAACAGUCGACAUCGUCAAGCACACCAUCGGCAUCGAGGAGAAAGGAAUCAAACUGAGGCUCUCUAUCAUAGACACUCCUGGGUUUGGAGAUGCAGUCAACAACACAGAAAGCUGGAAGCAUGUUGAGGACUACGUCGACCAGCAGUUUGAGCAGUAUUUCAGAGACGAGAGCGGGCUGAACAGAAAGAACAUCCAGGACAACAGAGUCCACUGCCUGCUCUACUUCAUCUCUCCGUUUGGUCACGGUCUCAGACCUAUUGACGUGGAGUGCAUGAAAGCUAUGCAUGAAAAAGUAAACAUCAUUCCUCUACUGGCCAAAGCUGAUAGCCUGACACAAGCAGAGGUCAACCGCAAAAAACUGAAGAUCAAGGAGGAGAUCAAGCAGUUUGGGAUUAAUAUCUACCAGUUUCCAGAGUGUGACUCUGAUGAGGAUGAGGACUUUAAGAGACAGGAGCAGAUCCUCAAGAACAGCAUCCCAUUUGCUGUGAUCGGGAGCAACAUGCAGGUGGAGAGCAAAGGCAGAAAGUUCAGAGGCCGCUCUUAUCCAUGGGGCAUAGUAGAAGUUGAGAACCCGGACCACUCAGACUUCCUGCUGCUGAGGAACAUGCUGGUCAGGACGCAUAUGCAGGAUCUAAAGGACGUGACACGGGAAAUCCACUAUGAAAACUACAGGGCGCAAUGCAUCGAGAGCAUGACCCGCUUGAUGGUACAGGAGAGGAAACGCAAUUUGCGUGAGAAGUAUCGAGAAGGAAGUGAGGUGGACUUCCCUCUGCCGCUCGCAGCAGCUGAGACAGAGAUGGAGAGACAGAUUUUUGAGAAGGAUGAAGAACUGAGGAAGAUGCAGGAGGUGCUGGAGAGGAUUCAGGAGCAGAUGCAGCAGAGCCAGAGGGACAGCUGCUGAUUCCUUUAGACUAACAUCAGGGAACAGAGGAGCAAACAGAGACUAAAUGCUCUGCAAACUGACCUCACAGUUAGAGGCUCACAUAAAUGGAGCUAAAACAUUUCAGUGGACCUAUCUGUGGAAUAUGCACAACUGCAUGUCAGCUCAAACCUUGGCUUGUGUUCAUGUUAAGUGAUGGUUUGUUCCA